AUGACCCAACUCUUCAGCUCAUCGUCGAACCACUCGGCCUUGGCCGAGAAGAGAACCUUCUCCGGCCAGCUGCUGUCGUCGAAUAAGCAAGUCAACGGCUCCAAUAGCCAGGUCUCACAGAAGAUCAAGAACUUCUUCCGUAUAAACAGCCUCGGCAGCAGCGAUAGCAAGGACCGCAAGCAUUCCGACGAUGGCACCUCUACCCCCAAGAACGACUCCAAAUCCUCCUUUCGUCAGUCGAGAUUUCUUCCACACAUCACCCGCAAUCGUUCCCAGACUGUCGCUAGCGAAGGUAACCCGCUAGACGAUGGCAUGUCACCCACCGCCCACGCGAACCCGUACUUCAUUCAUCAAGGCCCGCCCGCCCUGCGACAUCACAAUGAAGGCAGCGUGCCUCCGUCUCCACCUGAUACUCCCCCGAUACCAACGACGAAGAUAGAGGCCGUGAGUGGGCCCAAUGACCAGGUCACAACAGCUGGAAAGGAGGAAUUGGCACGGAAGCUGCGUAGGGUAGCCUCCGCUCCAAAUGCUCAAGGGCUCUUCUCAUCUUCAAAAAACUCUGAUAGACCACAAACUGCAGAGCUCGGAAAACAGCCAUUAGUACAGCAUGCUAACUCGUCAGCUUUGAGUAUGGUGGAAACCGCCACUGCUUCCUCCAACCACCUCGUUCCCGUAGCCCCCGCCAACGGUAUUCCAUCUCCGGGCCAGAUCCGCAAUACAGUUGCCUUCCGGAGAACGUAUAGUUCUAAUUCAAUUAAAGUUCGAAAUGUGGAAGUCGGACCAGGAAGUUUUGAUAAGAUCAAACUAAUUGGGAAGGGUGACGUUGGGAAGGUAUACUUGGUUCGAGAGAAGAAGUCAAGUCGGCUCUAUGCCAUGAAGGUCCUGAGCAAGAAGGAGAUGAUCAAGCGGAACAAAAUCAAACGUGCUUUGGCUGAGCAGGAGAUUCUGGCGACCAGCAACCAUCCGUUUAUUGUUACACUCUACCAUUCGUUCCAGUCAGAGGAUCACCUUUACCUGUGCAUGGAAUACUGUAGUGGUGGAGAAUUCUUCAGAGCUCUGCAAACUCGGCCAAACAAAUGCGUAGACGAAGAUGCAGCGAGAUUUUAUGCUGCCGAAGUCACGGCUGCCUUAGAGUACCUCCAUCUUAUGGGCUUCAUAUAUCGGGACUUGAAGCCUGAGAACAUUUUACUUCACCAAUCCGGCCACAUCAUGUUGUCAGACUUUGAUUUGUCAAAGCAGUCUGACCCUGGAGGCCGGCCGACUAUGAUCGUCGGCCGUAACGGUACCUCGUCAAGUAAUCUUCCGACCAUCGACACGAAGUCGUGUAUAGCGAAUUUCAGAACGAACUCAUUUGUAGGGACGGAGGAAUAUAUCGCACCAGAAGUGAUCAAGGGAUGCGGCCACACAAGUGCUGUGGACUGGUGGACGCUCGGCAUUUUGAUAUAUGAGAUGCUUUAUGGAACAACACCGUUUAAGGGCAAGAACCGAAACGCUACGUUCGCAAAUAUCCUCCGUGACGACGUACCCUUUCCGGAGGGAUCUGGCACCCCGUCCGUGUCUAAUCUUUGCAAAUCACUCAUCCGCAAACUUCUCAUCAAGGAUGAGUUACGUCGUCUCGGCUCCAGGGCCGGUGCCUCAGACGUCAAAACCCACCCCUUCUUCCGAACAACGCAGUGGGCACUGUUGCGUCAUAUGAAACCACCCAUGAUCCCCCAUCAAGGCCGUGGUGUUGAAACACCAAAUUUCCGAAACGUGAAAGAGAGCCAGAGUGUGGACAUUAGUGCUGCAAAAGUUAAGGGAGUACCCUUAGACUCUGGCCUUGCUACACCUAUGGGUGAAGUUGCGGAUCCAUUCGAAGAGUUCAAUAGUGUUACGCUUCACCACGAUGGCGAUGACGAUAUCCGUGACAAUUCGGAACACCUUGAGCUCCAGAACACGCAUUCGCACCGGUGA